UGAUCGCAACCUCCCGCCCACUGACAGUUUGCGAUCGGCGGGCGCGUUGUCAGCACGCCGCCGCCGCCGCCGCAUAUGCCUCGGUGCCUCGCGUGCUGCGCGCCAAUGUUGUCAUCGCCUCGCGGACACGAACGUCACGCCAUAAAUAAACAAAGUACAUCGCCAGUGACUCACGGACACGGACAAGUGUGUAAACAAUUUAGCGUUCUCAUUACAAGUGCUUUCUUACAUAUCUAAGUUGAAAUUCAGUGAAAAUAUAGCAUUAAUGGAUGUUGACACUCUUAUUUUGAGAUGAUGAAGAAUAAAAGUUCGCGGUAGAGGCACCCGAUAUGAACUCGGACGUCCACCGCCACCAGGCGCAUCCACCGCUUGCACAGCACAGCGUGGGCCCUUGCGGCUGGUACUCGGCGUCGGCGACGCCCGCGCCCACCGCGCCGGCCCGCCUCAAGCGCGCGCAGCCCCCGCACCAGCUGCCGUCCGGGGGAGGUGUGAGCAGCAAUGGGCCGCACGCGCCCGUGUCUCCCACCGCACUGCAGAACCCCGCAGCACACAACAAUGUGAUGCCGUCAUCGGUCCGCGCGGCUGGCCCCGCCCCGGGCGCCAUGCACGCCUCACAGACCACCGCUGCGGCAACAAAGGGGUCCAGCGACCUGUUGGUGAGCUCGACGUGCCAGAACCCGCCGCCCGUCGCCACCCGCCUCACCAACAUGACCCAGUACCCCUGGCACCACGGCGCCAUCUCUCGGGAGCGCGCGGAGGCGCUGCUGUCGAGCUCGCCUGACGGCGUGUUCCUCGUGCGCGAGAGCACCAACUUCCCCGGCGACCACACGCUCUGCGUGCGCUUCCGCGGCCGCGUCGAGCACUACCGUGUAAAAUGGGCGACGGUGCCGGACAGUCAAACGCAAAGGCUCACCAUCGACGACGAAGAGUUCUUCGACAACAUGACUGAUUUAAUACACCAUUACCUAAAAGACGCCGACGGGCUGUGCACGAAGCUGGUGCGGUGCCUGCCCAAGGCGGCCCCCAACGGCGCUAGCAACCCGCUGCAGCCCCCCUACCCACCGCAUCCGCAGCAGCCGCCGCCGUACCCGCCGACGCCGCCGGUGCCGGCGCAGGCGCACUUCGCGCCCACGUACGCGCAGCAACAACCCCCGCCGCAGGACACUGUCGACGCCGCCAAGUUCCUCGACGCGCGCUGGAUAAUCAACGAGCGCGACCUGGAGAUCCGCGAGAACAUCGGCAAGGGCGAGUUCGGGGACGUGAUGCUCGGCAUCCUCAACGGGACCCUCAAGGUGGCCGUCAAGAUCCUCAAGGACCGCGAGGCGGCCAGCAAGUUCCGUGCCGAGGCCUCCGUCAUGGCGUCCCUCAAGCACGAGAACCUGGUGCGGCUACUGGGGCUGGUGUUCAGCUCGUCAGGGACCUGCCUGGUGACGGAGCACUGCGCGCAGGGCUCGCUGCUCGACUACCUGCGCAGCCGCGGCCGCCAUUACGUCACGCAGCGGGACCAGAUCAACUUCGCCUACGACACGUGCUGCGGCAUGGAGUACCUGGAGCGGCAGCGCGUGGUGCACCGCGACCUGGCGGCGCGCAACGUGCUCAUCAGCGCGGAGGGGACCGCCAAGGUGGCGGACUUCGGCCUCGCGCGCACCGACCAGGCGCCCGACGACCCCGCCGACCAGCUGCGCCUGCAGGCCAAGCUGCCCAUCAAGUGGACCGCCCCCGAGGCGCUCAAGUACAACAAAUUUUCAAAUAAGUCUGACAUGUGGAGUUUCGGUAUCCUGCUCUGGGAGAUCUAUUCGUUCGGAAGGGUGCCAUAUCCUAGAAUUCCGCUGGCGGAGGUGGUGCGGCACGUGGAGCGGGGGUACCGCAUGGAGGCGCCGGAGGGCUGCCCGGCGGGCCCGUACGACGUGAUGCGCGCCGCCUGGCACGCCGACCCCGCGCAGCGACCCACGUUCGCCGCCACGCGCCGCACGCUCGCCGCCAUCCAGGACCAGGCGCUCGCCCAGGCCCAGGACCACCCGGUCAGUCUACUUUAG